UUUUUAACAUUUUUUUUGUUGUUAUUUUGAAGACUUCAGGUCCACAUGCUGAAUGGAGCCCUUCUAGCUCUUCUCUUUCCAGUAGUCAACACUAGACUGCUUCCAUUUGAAAAGGAGAUCUAUUAUAUUCAACACUCCAUGCUGUAUCUUGUGCCUGUCUACCUCUUCAGAAAAGGAGGUGUGUAUAAGCCAGAGCCGCUGGGUGACAUGUGGUGGGCGCUGCUGUCCUCAGGAAUCCUCUUCCUCUACCACUUUGUAUUCCUUCAGGGCCUUGGAAUGUUGACCGAAGUGAAUUUGAACAACAUGCUGUGUCCUGCUGUCUCUGACCCGUUUUAUGGACCCUGGUAUCGAGUGUGGGCAACGGGCCACCAGACGGCCUUGACUUUACUGCACGGCAAGGCUCUGACCAUCCUCUCACAACACACUGCUCCCACAUGCCGGGAUUUACUGGAUAUAGCACGUCUGCGUCUACGGAACAAGAAGAUGGACUAGUAUUUUUAUCAGCAGUCUCACAUGGACAAAACCUCAUGCUCCUGAACCAAAACUUGUCCAGCAUUCUAGAUAAAAGCGUAACGUUAGUACAUACCUUUAUUUUCCAGUUUGUUGUUGUUUGGUCCUAACCUGGUUUCUCAUAGCUGGAUCGAAGAAUUCAUUUUACACCAUAGGAGCAGGGGACAGCAGGAUUCAAGCUUCAACCAUGCCUUUUUCUUUUCAGUCUAAAUGUUUAGCAAAAUGAAGAUUCGGUGAACUCUCAACAGACGUAACCGUUCUUCUCAUGUUGCCUUCUUUAGUCAUGCUCAUCGAACAGUAAAAGGGAGCCAACUCAUUUGCUGAACAGUGGUUGCACAGUUCCUCACGCCUUGCGUCCUGGAAAAUCAGUUUUAAAAGAUUGUCUCGAAAUUACACUUUGUUAUUAUUGUUAACCUGUUAAGGAAUUCAUAAAUGUGGUGGUACUGUGUGUCUAGGAGAUUUUCCAGGGCAUUUCCAAUCCCCUGGCAGCAUCUUUCUUUAAUAUCAUUAUGUAAAUAGUCAGAAAUCUAUACAUUCUACACGGAAGCCAUUAGCUGUUGGCUGAAGGUGUCCAUUUGAUUCCAUUAGCCGCAUUCUACUGAUGAUGUUAUUCAAGGGAAAUGACUGUUUUGUAGAUAGACCGAAUGAUCAGUUUAAGGGUAGUUUUUAUUUUUAACCAAUAAUUCUUUUAAAUGUUUUUUUACUGGGCCAGUUAAAACAAUUCACUCAUUUUCCCUUUACAAACUUAUUUUUUACAGUCUCAAUAUUUAACUAAACACAGUUAUCUAAUGAUUUGAUUCAGUUCAGUGGAAAUUUAUUUUACAAACUAACUAGAUUAUUAGAACUUGAGCAUGGCUGUUUCAGACCUGCAUUAAAGUGUUUACCUUAUACUGUACAUGAAUGACUGAGUGUUAACCUUAUACAUGAAAACGAUGUACAAAAAAGUUCAAUGUGUAGACAAAUGAGGAGGAAAAACUAGUUCCAUUAGAAGGUUCUUUUGGCCCCAAAAACUGCUCUGCACUUGAAGCGUAUUCCAACAUAUCCAUGUCAAAGAUCCAAACAUAAAAUCAAAGCAGUUUGUGGCCUAAUGUAAGAAAUCCAGUGCAUUCUAGUGAAUUAUGGGAUCACUCUCAUUUCAAUGUAUGCAACUUGACUGAAAGGGAAAUAUUAGUUCUGAUCUCAGUUUUGUACAUGUUUUUAUGAAAUAUGGUCUAUAUUAAAGGUCUUCUCCAACAUGUAGCAUCCAUGAGGAUUGUCUUGGCUUCAUGUCUGUUCAUCAAAAAAAUCAAGAUAUUCAGUGAAGCAUAAAGACACCCAAUGCAUGUUCUUUCAGAUUUUUUUUAUUGGAUAAAUGAUUUAAAAGGUAAUAACAAUAAUGCUUUAAAACUACAUUAUCAUUGCCACAGCCAUAGUUCACAUCUAACCCAUCUAUUUGCCCCCCAACCCCCCCUCCCCCUCCCAACACAUUUUUUUGUUGUUUUGUCAUUUUUGUCUGUUUUUUUUAGCCAUACUACCAUAUUCAUAAUAAAUGCCCAUUUCAAGUCUCAUCACUCUAACAGCAAUUCAAUGGGGUAAAGGAUCUAGUUCUACAGGAUAAAAAUGUUUCUUUUUUUUUCACCAAGUCUUUACUUCAAAAUAUCAAGUUCAUAAAGCAAGAGAGAAUCCAAACUCAAACCAGAAAUAAACCAGUGGUGGGCAUCAAGGGCUACGCCAGGCAACCUUAGUGCUGCAAGAUGUCAAUCAUCGAAGGGCACGGUCAAAACUCAUCUUCUCAAAGUUCCAGGACAUAGAAAACCACUAAAAUAAUAAUUAGAAACUAGGUCCAAAAUAUUUUUUUUUGAAAAGAAUUAACUUGAUGUACAAAAACAGUCAUUGUUUUUUUUUU